GCCACGAGUUAUUUCGUUUGUAUUGUGUGAGAGAGUUGCGCGAAUGCAAAUUGUAAAAAUAAGACCGUGAUUGUUUUGUUACGGGUCUUUCCUUUGUUGAUUUGCUCUAUUUCCAUCCACCACAACAGACCCUUGCCUGCAAAUAUUGGUGCAACAAGUUGCAUAGCGUCCUGGCUUGAUGAUGGGAGAAGAACCUGCGACGAGAGAGCCAGAGAUGUCUGACGCUGGCUCAGACGAGGAGUUGGCGCUUCCCGCACGGAUGGAGGAGGGGAGUCACAGCGGGAGUAUCAGAAAGGGUUGUGAUCCGUGCUCCCAGACCCAGCGCAGUAAGCUGCAGCAUCGUAGAGCUCGUAUCAACCAGCAGAUCAACAAGGAGAUGAGGAUGAGGGCUGGGGCUGAAAACCUCUUCAGAGCCACCACUAACAACAAGGUAAAGGAGACUGUGGCUCUAGAGCUGAGCUUUGUCAACUCUAACCUGCAGCUACUGAAGGAAGAGCUAGAGGAACUCAACAGCAAUAUGGAGGUCUACCAGACCGAGAGUGAAGCCAUCAAUGUUCCCAUGAUCCCACUGGGUCUGAAGGAGACCAAGGAAGUGGACCUCACUGUCCCUCUCAAGGACGUUAUCUGUGAGCAUUAUGGAGAGGACAGCUCUUUGUUUGAGAAGGAGAUCAAGGAGUUUAUGGAGCUCAGACAGGCCAUGCGUACCCCCAGUCGUAAUGAAGCCGGUUUGGAGCUUCUGAUGGAGUAUUAUAACCAACUAUACUACCUGGACCAGAGGUUCUUCCCCCCACACAGAACACUAGGAGUCCACUUCCACUGGUAUGACUCUCUAACAGGUGUGCCGUCGUGCCAGCGUGCGUUGGCGUUUGAGAAGGGCAGUGUGCUGUUCAACGUGGGGGCUCUCUACACACAGAUAGGAGCCAGACAGGACCGCUCUGCUACAGCUGGCAUAGACUGUGCUAUAGACGCCUUCCAGAGAGCUGCAGGUGCAUUUAACUACCUGAAGGAGAACUUCUCCAACGCUCCCAGUCUGGAUAUGAGUGGCCCGUCACUAUGCAUGCUGGUCCGCCUGAUGAUUGCCCAGGUGCAGGAGUGUGUGUUCGAAAGAGUCACACUCACAACUCCGGACACGCACUUCAUCACCCAGCUACAAGUGGCAAAGGAGGCCGCACGGGUAUCUGAUGUGUAUAGCUUGGUGCUCCAGACCAUGUCUCAGACCCUUGUGAAGGACUAUGUCCCGUUCUCCUGGGCCUCCAUGGUUCAAGUGAAAGCCGAACACUUUAGAGCCCUCUCCCACUACAAUGCUGCUGUUGCUCUCUGUGACCACACCCAGUCCAUUGAGGAAGGGAGUGACGAAGAGUCGGCGAAGGCUCUCUUCCAGUUCCAUGUCAGUAGUCCUGCUGGACCCCCACUCAGCCAGGUGCUCAGAGACCCUGAGGACAGACGCAAACUGGGGAAGGCCCACCUGCGUUGUGCAGUGAUCAGACAUGAGGAGGCUAUGAGAGUACAUGGUCUAUGUAAGAUCCUGAGGAAGAUGGAUAUUCUACAGGAGGUGCUCUCUUUCAUGUACAAACGGUCCCUGGACAAAUACUCUGAGAUGGACCGAGAGGAUGACUUUGAUGAGACCGCAGAGGCCCCCGAGAUACACUCUCAAACCCAGCACAAACCAGACAUCACACCACCCAACUUCUCCACUGUCCCAGUCACUGACAUCUUCCAAAGGCUGGGUCCCCUGUCAGUGUUCUGUGCGAGGGCACGAUGGGGACCGGUGCGUGUGGUGAGUCUCCAGCGAGGGGACGGGGGUUUGGGGCUGACUCUUAGAGGAGACUCUCCUGUCCUUGUGGCUGGGGUGGUGCCGGGGGGAUGUGCCCAGGAGGCAGGUUUGAGGGAGGGGGACUAUAUAGUGGCGGUGGAUGGAGAGGACUUUAAGUGGGCUAAACAUGGAGAGGUGGUCCACGUCCUGAAGAGCUGCAGCGACAGAGGAAUACAACUCAGCAUCAUCACACUGCACACACACGAUACACAGGUGGAUAGGAGGCAAGUGAUGCUCUCCCCCAGUGGAGACGAAGCGAACGCUCUGCAACGGACCAUGGGCAGGGCUAAGGGGCAGCGCACCGCCCCCUUACUCAACUGGAACAGGAAGAAGACUGGGGGAGGAGGCAGAGCCACCAAGAGACUGGGCAGCACCUUCAGUCUUCCGUUUGGAAACCUUCGGGACUGUGAGUCCAUGUACUGAGGGCACAGCAGACAUGUUAGUCUAUUCCAUACAGUGCACUACCAGCCAAUAGUAGUGCACUAGAGAAUAGGGUGCCAUUUCAGACAGCGCCAUAGAUAGACAAACCACUCAGGGAAUGACAGGUGGACAUGUUACAAUACAAGGAUGUUUUGUAAAUGACUGGAUAUUAAAUGUGUUAUUGCAGCAGGGCAAGGAGCGGAAGAGGAGGUUCGUAGGAAAGGAUGCUUGGUCCAGAUUACAGCAGUUUCAACUGCAGAGAAACAACAGUUUUAGAAAGCAGGUGACUGCAUGAAUCUGUCGCUGAGGGAGUUAAGACAUGGAAAUCCUGUCCCAAAAUGGGCUAAAUGUUGGGGCUCAGUGUUGUUGUCGCUUACUAUUAUAGAGAUGGAAGAAGACUUCAUGUCAAACUACAGCCGCUGAUCCAAAGACCACAUGUCUUAAUCAGUGAAAAUAUAGUAUAAACACUGAUCGCCUUUCGUGGGGAAUAAUAAUGCUUCGUAUACUUUCAAUGCAUUUUUUUCUGCAAAAGCUGGGUAAAUGCUCCCAUAAACAAAAGCUGGGUAAAUGCUCCCAUAAACAAAAGCUGGGUAAAUGCUCCCAUAAACAAAAGCUGGGUAAAUGCUCCCAUAAACAAAAGCUGGGUAAAUGCUCCCAUAAACAAAAGCUGGGUAAAUGCUCCCAUAAACAAAAGCUGGGUAAAUGCUCCCAUAAACAAAAGGUGCACAAACAACUUUUACAUUUUUUGCAUUUACCCUCCACUACACCACUGGUCUUAAUGUUAAAAACAUGUUUUACUGUAUCCCAGAGUCCUGCUUUCCCACUCCAGUUCUAACAAGGUCACUCAACUCUCAACAGUAAAAACAAGGACAUCCAUUCAGGACCUGGGUUGAGCCCUCCACUUCCUCAAGUUAGAGCAUUGUGCAGCAGAGAAUGUAUAGCUGUAGCCAUAGCACUGCAUUCCAUUCUCCUACCAGUUUUCUAGAGUUGUUGACGUAAAGUCUUUUGUUUCUGUUUGAUAGUCGAGUACAAAUGACUACCUUCAAAGUACAUCAAUGGUUCUACACUGAGUGGACAAAACAUUAGAAACCCCUGCUUUUUCCAUGAGACUGACCAGGUGAAUCCAGGUGACAGCUGUGAUCACCUGUUAAAUCCACUUCAAUCAGUGUAGAUGAGCUGAGGAGACUGGUUAAAGGACUUUUAAGCCUUGACAAUUCACAUGGAUUGUGCUUGUGUGCCAUUUCAGAGGGUGAACGGGCAAAACAAAAGAUUUUAAGUGCCUUUGAAUGGGGUAUGGUAGUAGGUACCAGGCGCACCGGUUUGAGUGUGUCAAGAACCACUAUAGCUGCUGGGUUUUUCACGCUCAACAGUUUCCCGUGUGUAUCAAGAAUGGUCCACCAGCCAACUUGACACAACUGUGGGAAGCAUCGGAGUCACCAGGCCAGCCUCCAGCCACACUUUCAACACCUUGUAGAGUCCAUGCUCCAGCGAAUUGAGGCUAUUCUGAGGGCAAAAGGGGGUGCAACUCAAUAUUUUGAAGGUGUUCCUAAUGUUUGUUUUUUUUACUCAGUGUGUGUAUUAGUUUUUCUACUCAUGUUUUGUACCACAUUCUUAUGCACUGUGACUUCAUAGGUGCAGAAAAACGAAUAUGGUGUAAUUGCAGACCACAAUUUGGGAUGUUUCUUAAUAUGGGUGUUCCCUGCUAUCAGGAAAUGCACAUUGAUACCUGCCAUUGGUCAGUUCCGGUGUUAUGAGACUGAUGGUUUCUCGACACAUUAUUUGUUUACAUAGCAGGUUAGGUGGAUUAGUGAGCCAUGUUUGGAGACUGAGGUUAGGAAAAGGGUUAGGCCACAGAAAUGACCAUGGAUCAAUGGGUGUAACUUUUUCUAUCAAGAAAUAUAUAUAUAUUGGAAAAUGCCCCUAAUGGUGUUCUGCAAUUGCUCUACAUACAGGUAACUGCCAAAAAUAAAGGCAACACCAACAUUAACUGUCUUAAUAGGCUGUUGGGCUACCACGAGACGCCAGAUCAGCUUCAAUGCACCUUGGCAUAGAUUUUACAAGUGUCUGGAACUCUAUUGGAGGAAUGCAGCACUAAUCUUCCUCCAAAUAUUCCAUUUGGUAUUUUGUAGAUGGUGGUGUAAAACACUGUCUCAGGCUCUGCUCUAGAAUAUCCCAUGUGUUCAAUUUAGUUGACAUCUGGUGACUGAGAUGGCCAUGGCAAAUGGAUUACAUCAUUUUCAUGUUCAUCAAACCAUUCAGUGAUGACUUGUGCAUGGGGGCAUUGUCAUCCUAUUGGGGCAAAGACAUGGUAGCCAAAAUAAGGGCCAGCCUAGCAUUUUAUACAUGACCCAAGUCAUGAUGGGAUGUUAAAUGCUUAACUCUGGAACCACACUUGUGUGGAAGCACCUGCUUUCAAUAUACUACUGUGUAUGCCUCAUUUACUCAAGUGUUGCCAUUAUUUGGGCAGUUACCUGUAUCUUGUGACGCUGAAAUGGUUUACGUGGUACAUUAGGGGAUAUACGAACUUAGUUGUCCUACUACUGCUUAGACCAACACAGCACACACAUUUUAGAAUAAUAAUGUGUUGUUUUUAUAAAGACUUGUUUGUAUAUGUCUGUGACUAAGUAGUUGAAGAUGAGAAUGGUCCGUCUACCAAGUAGAAACCACCUAUCAAGCUAACUUAGCAGCAUAGAGGAAAGCUGAUGCUACAUUUAGCAAGGCCACUUUUUUUUUUUACAUUUUCAACAUUUGGAUACCCAAAUAGUAUUUUGAAAUUCCAAUAUAUUUAAUGUUAUUUUCAUCUCAAUUAUGAAUUUUAGAUGUGUGUUUCUGAUUUGUGAAAUCUGUCUACCGUGGUGUUUUUGGUUGUAUAUUUCUGUGAAUAUUUUAAUGUUUUGUUAAUUAAGGGAUUUGUACUGCUUUCUUUUGUUUGAGAACCUGAAAAUCAUGGCUGGCUGCUCAUAUAAUCGUGUGUGUGUGUGUGUGUGUGUGUGUGUGUGUGUGUGUGUGUGUGUGUGAGAGUGACUUGCAGACUUUUCUCAAUUAAUUAAAGGAGUGGAUCACUGAUUUGUCUCCAUUGAUGGUAACAGCUUCUCAGGGUUGUCAUGUUCAGUUACAUAAUUGUAGGUCUGUGGUAACCAGCAGGUGUCACUAUAACCCUGGUUAUUGUAUCAGAUAUUGGCAGAUAUGUUUGAGUCUUUUCAAAUCAAAUU